UCGCAUUUGCCUGUUGGAAAUCUUUUUAUUGAUUUUAGGCUUAAAACUAUGAAAAAUUCCAAAAGGCAAAUGCGACAGCUAUACCCGUAUGUUACUAUAAUAUCGUAUGCAAUUAACUAUGAAUAAUUUAUCGUGAGAGAAUGUCUUAAAUUCACUUUAAAACACUUACAUCAUUUCUCAUUUCUUCUUCUUAUUUGAAUUUUGCGUUUUAUAUUCCUAAAACCGGCAUAUCACUCGUUACGAAAAUAUUUUAAUUGAUUAUCACACCGUCUCUAUGAAUGAAGCCAAAGAAGAUAAUGUAAGACCUGUCCAUUAAUUUACUGACUCCUUAACUAGUCCUUCAUCCGUUUAAGUUUCACUCAAUGAAAGCUUUACCACCAAAUGCCUGGUCAAAUAGAGGACGGAGAGAAGAUAUUAAGACUGAGUAUUUGCCUGGUGACGUAUAUCGUUACCAAGCAAUUCAAGGAGAAUUUCCGACAACACGGCUCAGUAAGCCUACAAAUCCACUAUUUCAUUUGAGGGUUGUUUACCCACUGUGUUUUUCAACUUAGAGAAAACGCUUUUGAAAAUAGCAGAUGUCGUGUUUUAAUUCUAUAGAUGAAAUACGCUGAUAUUAAUCCGUGCAAAAAUAGAGAAUAUAGCCUUAGAACUUUCACUUAUAACCAAAAUAGAAAGGCGCAAUUUUAGGACCAUUCUUACACGUAAAUAGUCUGAUAUCAAGGGAUAUGUAUUCUUGAAGACCUGACUUCGACACUAGAUUAAUAUCACCAUGAUGGAAGAGUUAAACAACUGUGUUUCUUCGGGGAUUAGCCAGAUGCUUUCGGGCAGCCGAGGGCAGGGAGAAAACGUUGGCAGCUCGAUGGUCUGCCAACAUUUUAUUGGUUCUAUGUGUUGCUCUGUUACUGGAUUUCUGCAGCUGUACUAAAGUGCCUAAAGAAACGGCAACAGAACUGGAAGACUUCUUAGGUGAAGAUUUUAAUAAUGGCAUCCCAAACGGUGCUUUCGUUCAUAACACUGAAAAAUUGGUAGAGGGCGAUGGUGAAAAUGUUGAAGAUGAAAAUGGUGGGGCUGAGGAGGAAGAAGAUGAAGAUGAUAUGGAAAAUGAAGAUCGAGAUGCAGAUGAUGAAGAGGAAGGAGAGAAAGAGAGUGAAAAUAGAGAUGAAAAUGACGAUGAAGAUGACAACGAUCUAGAUGAAGACGAAAAUGGCGAGAGAAAUGAAAUUGAAGGUCAAGACGAAGACGAAGACGGAGAUGUAGAUGAUACGUCCGAUUUAACAGCCAUGGAUAAUGCGAACGAGGCACAGGUUGCUGUGAGAGAGAACGAAGGUAAGGUCUUUCGACUUAAAGAAAGACAAAUGAGGAAAUGACAAACUAGGAUAUUUGUCAAUUUGCGGGAUGUGGAAACUAAUAAAGGGAAGAUGUUUUCUGCUCAAAAACUCAAAAUGAAAAAUAAUCAUUUUUUCCGCGCGGCGAUCAUAAAAUGGAAAUGUCUAUUUAAUCAAGAAACGCGAAAAGCAUUAUGUAUGAUUCGUUUCGUUGUAGUUUUCUCGAGAGUAAAUUCAUAAAAAUUGCCUAAAUCGGUAAAAUUCAUUCACAAAAACAUGAACUGUGCACUAUAACAUAAAGUCUAUAUAGGUCCUAUAAACAGCUUCAGAAACAAAAAUCUAGGUUACUGACAAAUCGAGAAAAUGUUUCAAUGUGACUACAGCUUUGUUGCAAACUAAUUCGAAAAAAAAAACUGUCUUUUUUAAAAAACUCUAAUCUAUACGCUACAAACAGGUGCAAUUCGUUUCCCUGUUUUGUCUGUGUGUUUGAACAUGUUAGAAAGGGCUAUGUGGUUACCGAAAUACCGGGAUUAAAACCUCAAUAUUGCCUUGCACCUGUUAGCUAAUUCUAAUAUUUUUCAACGACAGGACUAAAUCAGCGUAAAACUGAGGACCCUCGGCGUAGACGACGAGGACGAAAGAGACGACGUAAAAGAAGACGGAGAAGGCGACGAAGACGAAGACGAAGACGAUACAGGUUACGAAAACUUCUCUAG